GCAGAACUUCGAUAUAAUAGUAUAUGCAAUUUAAAACUGUGUACAAAUAAUGAAAUGAGAUCUAAAGUGUUUAAAGAACUUUUGAAAAUUAACGAAAAGCUGUCCAUAGAGCAUCCCCAGUACACUGAAAACUCCGAGGUGCACAGGCAAAAAAUGCGUAUUGCCUCUGCUUUGAUUGAAUUGCGCCGCUAUUACAAUGGUCCGAUAUCCUUGGAGUCUUUGUUAUUGCCUACCGAUCAGCUCGGAAUAAACCUUAUGCACGAGUUCCUGGUAAGCGUUUAUGCGAAGAACAUAGAUUGGGCGUUGAAUGCAUUACCAAAUUUGGAGCCAAGGCAACAGGAAUCAUAUCUCUCCAUCGCUUAUAUUUUCAUUCGUAAAAAUUUGGGAAACCUUAACGAACAGAACAAAUUAUCUGAAAUGUUUUCGCUACUUCUACCGUUCACAAUGGGAUCCACUCGUUCCACGCGCAUUCUCGCUCAAUUGAUCCUCCAUAAACUAGCUGUCACGUGUGUUGAAGGAAGCAUUUGUAUUCCCCUCGCUGAAAUCCUGGUAAACUCAAUAGAAACGUCGUUGGGGGAAAAGCUUCACGACCUUCAAAGUGAUCCUCGGCUUUGGCUUCCAGAUUUUAUCUGGAAUUAUGAUCGUUUAUGCUGUAUUUUGUAUAUAACAAAUGUGCCCUUCGAUGAAAUCCAUAAUUAUUCCAAAUAUAUUUCAUACAAAAAUAUUCGUCACGCAUUUGCUGCAAGAAAAUUGCCAUCAUCCGGGGAAGUCGCACCUCCUCAAACCCGUUCCGAAGGAAGCAUACUCCCCUCCACGGAAGCUAACAAUUCAGGCAAUACCUCUGGUCUGGAUCUUAUAUUAGUGGCUUCUCUUCUUGAUAGUGAAAUCAAUUUCCCAGCACUGAGGCGCACCUGCGAGAAGUUUGGAUUUCAAUCUCUGGUUGUUGCCGAGGAAUCACAUUUGGCGGAGACUAGUCCUAGCCAUUUAAGCAUCGUUAAGGUAAAGUCCGAAAACCUAGUGGAAUUUAUUCUGGCAAAGCAGGCCGAGGGUUAUAAAGCUGUUAGUUCUAAAGGAUCUGCCGGCACACCCAAAUUCGACCUUUUCAAGUUUCCAAAGAAGUGUAUACUGGUGUUGGGGCACGAAAAGCAUGGAAUACCUAUUAACGUGACGGGAGUGCUAGACUAUGUCGUGGAGAUUCCACAAUUCGUCUCUCAGGAUACAAAUUUUGAAGCAUCACUGCUUAUUUGGGAGUUUUUCAAACAGCAUUGUGCCUAGGCUUACACCCUUUUUGUAGUAUUAAACUGAAGUACUGGUUUUUUUUUUCUUAAAUAAUAAUUACACUUACCUGCUGUACAGUAAAGGCAGAUACAAU